AUGGCUUCCGCUUUGUUUUUCCUCGAUCUCAAGGGCAAGACCCUUCUUGCCCGCAACUAUCGAGGUGACAUUCCCAUGUCCGCAGUGGAGAAAUUCCCUAUCCUACUUUCAGAAGCCGAAGAAGAGUCCUCCGCAGUCCCUCCCUGUUUCUCUGACGAGGGUAUCAAUUACCUAUAUAUCCGACAUAGCAAUCUGUACCUCCUCGCCCUUACCAAACGCAAUACCAAUGCCGCAGAAAUCCUCCUUUUCCUCCACAAAAUCGUCGAGGUGUUCACCGAGUAUUUCAAAGAGUUGGAGGAAGAGUCAAUACGAGACAACUUUGUCAUCAUAUACGAGCUAUUAGACGAAAUGAUGGAUUUUGGCUACCCCCAGACAACCGAGUCGAAAAUCUUGCAGGAAUACAUCACGCAAGAAUCCCAUAAACUUGAAGUCCAAGCCCGACCGCCUAUUGCUGUCACCAAUGCUGUCUCGUGGAGAAGUGAGGGUAUCAGAUAUCGAAAGAACGAGGUCUUCCUGGACGUUGUCGAGUCACUCAACCUUCUCGUCUCAUCUACCGGCAACGUCCUACGUUCGGAGAUCUUGGGUGCGAUCAAAAUGAAAUGCUAUUUGUCUGGCAUGCCUGAACUGCGCCUGGGGCUGAACGACAAGGUUAUGUUUGAAACUACCGGCAGGGCUACACGCGGCAAGGCAGUGGAGAUGGAGGACGUCAAAUUCCACCAGUGCGUUAGAUUGUCGAGGUUUGAAAACGAUCGAACGAUAAGCUUCAUCCCACCUGAUGGCGAAUUUGAGCUGAUGAGCUACCGACUAAACACGGCGGUCAAGCCGUUGAUCUGGGUGGAAGCAGUCGUCGAGAAUCAUUCAGGAUCACGCGUCGAAUACAUGCUCAAAGCAAAAGCACAAUUCAAACGGAGGUCAACCGCGAACAACGUCGAGAUUAUCAUUCCAGUCCCCGACGAUGCAGACAGCCCAAGAUUCCGGACCAAUAUUGGAUCGGUGCACUACGCUCCGGAAAAAUCUGCAAUCGUGUGGAAGAUCAAACAAUUUGGCGGCGCAAAAGAAUUUCUGAUGCGAGCGGAAUUGGGGCUUCCAAGUGUUAAAGGCGAUGACGAGAGAGGUGGCGGCAUGACAGGAGGCUUCGGAGGCAGCAUGGGUGGCAUUGCAGGCGAAGGCAAGGCUAAGAGGCCCAUUAACGUCAAGUUCGAAAUCCCCUAUUUCACCACCAGUGGCAUUCAGGUCCGGUACUUGAAGAUUAUUGAGCCCAAGCUGCAAUACCCUUCUUUGCCCUGGGUCAGAUAUAUCACUCAGUCAGGUGAUAUUGCUGUACGUCUUCCAGAUGUGCAGACCUGA